AUGACAACCGGUACCUUCCGUUACGCCGACCCAGCAACCAUCAACCGCUCUACCACCCCCUUUGUCAAGUCCUGGUCCAAAGUAGACGUUGACUACUCGUCCUUCUCGCGCGUCUCCGUUUCCAAGCCCGUUCACGAUCUCCGCUCUGCUGUUGAAUCCUCCCCCUCAGAUUUCGGCAUCGACGUCUCCGGCUUCGCGCUGUACAACCACCCAGCCAAGGAAACCUCCUUCACCGACGAGCGCGCCAUUUGGUCGGGGUACUACGCCGAGGUGGAAGCUUUGCUGCGGGAGAAGUUGCCAGGGAUCAAGCGCGUCGAGAUCUUUGACCAUACCAUUCGGAGGAACAACGGUUCGGCAGCGAGGAGGCCCGUGCAGCAGGUCCAUGUCGAUCAGACGCCUGCUGCUGCCGCCACUCGCGUCAGAAGACAUGUGUCUCCCCCCGAAGAGGCUGAGAAGCUGCUGAAGGGGAGGUACCAAAUCAUCAACGUCUGGCGGCCCAUUUCGCACCCGGCGACCGACUUUCCGCUGGCCUUUAUUGAUUGGCGCUCUACUUCGCCCGGCGAUCUGGUUCCUAUUGAUCUGCUCUACCCCAAGCGGUCUGAGCCUGAAGACGACGGCGAUGAUCGCGGCAAGGAGGUAGCCCCUGCUGAGGAGACAUACCCCAAAACGGAAGGGUAUGAAGUCAAGGGGGAGACGUACGGCGUUGUUCCGAAUGAGACACACAAGUUUUAUUAUGUCAAGGAUAUGAAGCCGGAGGAGGUGGUGCUCAUCAAGUGCUUUGACAGUUGGGGCGAGGGACUGGAGGAGCCGUGGGGGAAGGGGAAGAAGGGAGUGGCGGGCUGGACGCCGCAUACGGCUUUUGUGGAUCCCGCGACGCCCGAGGGGACACCGGGACGGGAGAGUAUUGAGGUUAGGUGCUUGGUGUUUUAUGAGGAUGAAGAGUAG